AUGCAUCAACUGUUCAGACUGGUUUUGGGACGAAAAGAUCUUUCACGAGCUGGGGACCUCUUCUCCUUAGAUGACUCUGAGAUAGAAGACAGCCUGACAGAAGCUUUGGAGCAGAUUAAAAUAAUAAGCUCAUCUUCAGAUUACCAGACCAAUGAGAAUGACCAGGCAGUGGUUGAAAUCUGUAUCACAAGAAUCACAACAGCUAUCAGAGAGACAGAGUCCAUUGAAAAGCAUGCAAAGGCCCUUGUGGGGCUCUGGGACUCCUGCUUGGAACACAACCUGAGACCCCCUGGGAAAGAUGAAGACUCUCCUCAUGCAAAAAUUGCAUCUGAUAUCAUGAGUUGCAUUUUACAGAAUUACAGCCGGCCCCUUGUGAUGGCAUUAGCCAUCCCUAUUGCAGUGAAAUUCCUCCACAGAGGCAACAAGGAACUGUGCAGGAAUAUGUCUAACUACCUGUCCCUGGUGGCAAUUACCAAGGCCGAUCUCCUAGCUGAUCACACAGAAGUUAUAGUAAAGAGCAUACUCCAAGGUAACGUCAUGUUGUUGAGAGUGUUACCUGCCGUGUAUGAAAAACAGCCUCAGCCAAUUAACAGACACUUAACAGAACUCCUGGCCUUGAUGUCUAAGCUGGAACAACCAGAACAGUACCAUCUACUACGUCUUUUGCAUGUAGCAGCAAAGAGAAAACAACCAGAGGUGGUUCAGAAGUGUAUGCCUUUCUUAAUUGGGCAUUUGAAGGAUUCAACCCAUAAUGAUGUCAUCUUAAACAUCCUUAUAGAAAUAGCAGGCUAUGAACCAAUGGCACUGAGCAGUUUUCUUCCAAUGCUGAAAGAGGUUGGUGAGAGAUUCCCCUACCUCACUGGACAAAUGGCAAGGAUCUAUGGAGCAGUUGGGCAUGUGGAUGAAGAAAGAGCCAGGAACUGCCUAAUGUACCUGGUAAGCCAGCUGGCCAACAUGGAACAUUCAUGUCACCAUAUGCUCCUGCUGGAGAUUAAGAGCAUCACCGACGCCUUCCCCUCCAUCCUGGGCCCUCAGAGCAGAGACAUCUUCCGCAUGAGCAACAGCUUCACGGCCAUUGCCAAGCUCCUUUCCCAACAACUGGAAAAUGCCACGGCUGGAAGUGGCAGGGGGAAACCCAGCACUGAAAUGGAAUUCCCUGAGAAACUGGAAGAAAGCAAGCUCACUAUAGCUGAAAAUGAAGACCGUGAAAAGCUCCAAGUUAAAAUCCAGGCUUUUGAAAACAAAAUAAAUGCUGAGAGCAAUACCCCUGGCUCUAUCAGAAGAUAUAGUUUGGGCCAAGUUUCUAAAGAAGAAAGAAAAAACAUUAGAUUUAACAGGUCAAAAAGUCUGGCAUUGCACGCUGUGCUCACAAAGGGUGUGAAUGCAGAAGAGGGGGAAGGUGUAGAGAGUGGACACAUCCCAGCCAGCGUCUCUCUUUCAGAAAUAGACCCACUUCGCCAAGGAAGUGACAAGUUGCCUUCGAAGACAGACACUGAUGGAUCACAGCUGCGAAGUUCCUCAGCUUCACACCCAAAUAUUACACCUGUAGAAUCAGAGAAUUUGCCAGAAACUGUUAAAGAAAACUUCCAGGAAGAAACUCCAGAAACAACCACAAGUCCUAUAGAACACCAAGAUAAGCUCUACUUGUACCUAAAGGAAAAUCUCAGUAAAGUGAAAGCAUAUGCUGUGGAAAUCGGAAAGAAGAUUCCAGUCCCCGAUCAGUGCACCAUUGAAGAUACUGUUAGAAGUUGUGUAGCAAAGUUGUUCUUCACCUGCUCCCUGAAGGGUCAUUACUGCCUAUACAGUAAGUCCAGUUUUAUUCUCAUCAGCCAAGAACCUCGGCCAUGGAUCCAAAUCAUGUUUCUAUUCCAGCAGAGCCUGUUUCUAGAGCCCCUGUCAGCUCAGAGCCAUUCUGUGCAAUUCCUCAGAUCUCUGUGGGACAAGACCCAUGCGGGGGGUGUGCACAGCUUUGAAACGGCCAUGAUGGAGUCCAUGUUCCCACAGCAGAAGGAUCUGGACCAGGUACAGCUCCAUCUGGAAGAAGUGAGGUUUUUUGACGUGUUUGGCUUCAGCGAAACAGCAGGAGCAUGGCAAUGCUUCAUGUGCAACAACCCUGAAAAAGCAACUGUUGUAAAUCAAGAUGGCCAGCCUCUCAUAGAAGGAAAACUUAAAGAGAAGCAAGUCAGAUGGAAGUUCAUCAAAAGGUGGAAAACCCGUUAUUUUACACUAGCUGGAAAUCAACUUCUGUUUCAAAAAGGAAAGUCUAAAGACGAUCCUGACGACUCCCCAAUAGAACUCAGCAAAGUACAGAGUGUGAAAGCUGUGGCCAAGAAACGCAGGGACCGCUCUCUCCCUCGGGCUUUUGAAAUCUUCACAGACAAUAAAACCUAUGUGUUCAAAGCCAAAGAUGAGAAGAAUGCAGAAGAGUGGCUCCAGUGCAUCAACGUGGCAGUUGCCCAAGCAAGAGAGAGGGAAAGCAGAGAGGUGACCACAUAUCUGUAG